AUGGCAACGUUGCUGGACAACACCAAUAGCUGGCAUGCCGGCGAGCGUGCAGUUCAUACCCUCCUCAAAGUGCCCACCUCAGGCCGCCGGAACCCAACAACUGCCGGGUUACCUCCCUCUUAUGCUCACCGUGUUGCCGUCUCCCCACUGCUGGCCGUGGGAACGCUGGAUGACCAGGGCCGGCCAUGGACUUCCAUCUGGGGCGGAGAACGUGGCUUUGCGCAGCCGGUAGCCCAGGGCAUCCUAGGUGUACAGAGUCUGGUUGACAGGGCUCACGACCCAGUGGUGGAGGCCCUUUUGGGUAAAGCAGCCGACGGGGAGGUGCUCCAACCAGAGGAUGACAAAGUCAUGAGCGCCUUGAGCGUGGAUCUCGAGACUCGAGACCGUGUCAAGCUGGCGGGGAAAAUGAUGGUCGGAACUGUGACGGGGCGGCCGGACAAUAGCACCAUCGCCGAAACACAGCUUGCCAUGAUCGUCCAGGAGAGUCUGGGAAACUGCCCAAAGUACCUCAACAUCAAGGAUAUCCGCGCCCAUGUCCCCUCACCACAACUGGUCUCGCCCUCUCUGCCCCUUCCAGCAGAAGCAUUAGCCCUGAUACAACAGGCAGACAUGUUCUUCCUCUCGUCCACUAACGGACAGACCAUGGACACCAACCACCGCGGAGGGCCAGCCGGCUUCGUCCGCGUCGUCAGCAACACCCCAGACAGCGUCGAGCUAGUGUACCCCGAGUACUCGGGCAACCGCCUCUACCAAACCCUCGGCAACCUCCACACCAACCCCCUCAUCGGUAUCGCCAUCCCAAACUACACCACCUCCGACGUCCUCUACCUCACCGGCUCAACCCAGCUGCUCAUCGGCCCCGCCGCAGGCACCCUCAUGCCACACACCAACCUAGCUGUCAAAAUCACCAUCCACGCCGCCCGCCUCGUCAAAGACGGCCUCCCCUUCCGCGGCACGCCAGGCGAACCCAGCCCCUACAACCCCCCCGUCCGGCGCCUGGCCAGCGAAUCCCCGAACUCCCUCGCAACACCACCCCAAACCACCUCCCCCACCGCCACCCUCACCCUCACCCGGCGCGACCUCCUCACCCCGACCAUCGCGCGCUUCACCUUCCUCCUGCGCCCGCCGAACACCUCCCACAAGCCACCACCAACAACAACCGCUGCCCCCCUCCGCUGGCACCCCGGCCAGCACAUCACCCUCUCCUUCGCCGCCGAGCUCGACAUGGGCUACAGCCACAUGCGCGAGGCCGACCCCCAGAGCUUGAACGACGAUUUCGUGCGCACCUUCACCAUCUCCAACCCGCCGCCCCCUCACCCCCCUUCCGCGGAUGGGGAUGGGGAUGGGGAUGGGGGAGAGGAAUAA